AUGGCCGCGGCUCGACCAUCGAAGCUGUGUCGUCGGACAUUUUUCUUGCAAACCGGCACGGCUCCUACGCUUUCGGAAAUGCGAAGUGAGAUGGGCGACGACUUGGCUGACGUCAUACUGGCCACACUCGAACCCAAUCAACGAGCGGCUGUCCCCGCGGAAUGUGUGGUAGUCACCGAGGACGCUCCAGUUGCGCCUGCCGCGGUUGAGCAUGAUGCUGAGCAAGUGCGAGGUCAAAUCCACGAACAUAUCCUAAAUAUUGGUGGACAUGUUUCGAAACGAAUCGAGGGCUACUGGCGCCACCGCUUGGAAGAAGUGGCUUCAGCAGCCGUGGGCGCGGACGAUGUAGACUUCCUGCUUUUUGAAUGUAAACAGAAAAUAGCCAUAGCACGGGAUGAGGAACGCCAGCGCUACGAGCGGUUAGCCCAGGAAACGGAGGAAGCGCUGCGGAGCCGCCUCGCGGAAGAAAAAGGCGACAUACACCGAUCAUAUGCCGAGACCAGGGCUUUAUGGGCACGGUUUGUUUGCCGGAAGGUACGAGCGCAGGCCAAGAAGUUGUUGUGCGACAUUGCAGCUCAUUACAGGGUGCACGUUGAGCGGGAAGUGAAUCGCCGCCUGGAAGACGAGAGGACCCAGAUUAGGACCGAAAUGGAAGAGGUUGUUCGUGCGGCAGUAGAACAGCAAAGGCGGACGGAUGAACGUGCUAUGGAAUGGUUGAUCUAUCAGUACGUAGAGCUAUUGAAAUUUACCAACGAGUACCAGGCUUGCAUCGAGACGGUGGCGAUUGUCCGAGAGGUGUGCAAUCAGCAGGGAUUGAGUGAUUUUCCCAGUGAACUCUUCAACAAUCUCGGUAUAGAGUGGAAGAAACUUGACCAGAAACCAGGACCGGUUUCACGCGACCACGGUGAAGCGAUCGAUGAUCUACAAAAUGACAUCGUCGCGGACAAGACAAUCUCUCGAGAGUCGCUAGAGAAUGGGCCAAGUUACCGCGAGAGCUUCGAUGCUACGAUAGCUCUGAGUAACAUACAGCAUCGAAGGCAAUGCGCUUCCUCGUAUCAAACACCAAACGAGGACUACUGUUUCGGCGAGCUUUUUGAUCCAACCAUAAGUGAGGACAGGAUCGAGGGCUUCGUUGAUUCCAUUUUGCCACGGUACAUACAAGCAACGGAUGAGGAUUUCGUCGCAAUGUUUGAGAAACAGAACGAAGAAUAA